AUGGAAGAAGAUCUUUUGCAUCAAGUCGUCUGUUUCCUGAAAACAGAAAAAGACGCGUCGCGCUUCCUUCGGGUAUCUAAGAAGUGUCGGCGAGUUCUUUCACUCUUUGAAUAUAACCCAGUCACUCUUACUACUGUUCAGUCACUAUCAAUGUUCCCUAACAUGAAGGUACAACGACUUUAUCAUAAGUCCGACACUUUACUUGAUGGAUUUAAAGGAGAAGCGGUCUUUUGGUCUAACAACAGAACACUUAUGAAGUCGAAGUUACCAAUCACCUUCAAAAACGUUCGUUACGAGCGAAAAGACCACGACAAUUGCCACGACAACAUUCCCCCUUAUAUCAAACAACUUGCACACGGGUGCUUUUAUUAUUCCCAAAACACGACAAUCACUUUUCCGUCGUGUCUGUCGUCGAUUGGAGCAGACUGCUUCUAUUAUACUCCACUCAGACAAGUCGACUUGUCACGAAUUGCUAUUUUGGAUGAAAGAUCAUUUGGAAUGUGCACGUCGCUGUCGUACAUUAAACCAUCACAUAUGAUCACCACAAUACCCCCUUAUUGUUUUCAGGGGUGCUCCUCUUUAACUUCAUUUGACUUGAAAGUGGUUGAACGGAUUGGAGACUCUGCUUUUGAGAAUUGCGUGUCGUUGAAGACCAUAGAGAUAUCAACCAACUUGUCUUCGAUUUCUCUCAAUUCAUUUAAAAAGUGCACUUCACUGAGAGAAGUCACUGGAGGCGUUCAGAAAUAUUGCGGAGAUGUGUCGGCGACCCUUUUCAAGUUAUUUGGCGACAACAAGAUCAAGUGCACGGGACGAGUAUUUUAUAUUGGCGAUGAUAAGACGGUCUUUGGCAACAUCAUUCCCGACGGUGUGAAUGACCAAAGUUGCUUCUUCAACGACAAGGUGAUCAGUUUAGUGAUACCAAAUAGCGUGACUGGGUUGUGUGCGCACACCUUUGAGAGUUGUAGAAAAUUGCGAGAGGUCCAAAUACCAAACGGACUCACAAAACUCCCCAAGUGCUGUUUUAACAAGUGCUUUAAAUUGGAGAAGAUCAAUUUGGUGAACAUCAGAGAGAUUGGGAGCAACUGUUUUAAUGAUUGUAAGAAACUUGAUGAAAUACAAAUUGAAGGAAAUGUGACGUUAAAGGACGGGUGCUUUGAAGACUGCAGUUCACUCUCCAAAGUUGUUAUUAGUGGAAAGGACGACCGGGAGAGUGUCUUUGGCAAACGCGUGUUUGCCGGGUGCACAUCACUUGAAAUCUGUGAGAUCAAAUGUAACUUGAAGGAACUUGAUGAGGAGACGUUUUUCGAGAGUGGUGUGAAGUGUAUUGAACUGCCAAGUUGCUUGACAGUAUUGAAGAAAAAAUGCUUUUCGGGGUGUAAGGAGCUUCAACGCAUCAAUCUGAAGCAUGUGGAAAGUAUAGAGAAAGGAUGUUUUGAGAGAUGUUGUCUUCUCGAAGACAUUGGGUUCACUGUUGUGCCGAAGAGUGAAGAAGAAAAUCCAUUUGCGGACUCACCGAAAUUACGUCUUGAUGGUGAAAAUGAAAGAUAG